UCAGGGACUGGAGUCCUGCAGCCCUGCCAGUAUGCCCCUCCACCAGAUUUCCGUAAUCCCAGCACGGGAGACUGCCAGCAAUGGGAGAAGUUCAGUGGGCAGAAACAAAGAGAAGAACAAGGAAGUCGAGCCAAAGGUAUUCCUGACUGGUACAAUACAGGGGAUAUCCAAGUGCUGUAAUCACUGGUCAGAGAUGGAUCAUUAGAUGACCUGGCUCAGAUGUAUGGACAUGAAUUUCAGAAAUUGAAAAGGGAUAAGAGGAAGGAGAAAAUGCUGGGCUGGUGUGAAGCGAUAGCCCGUAACCCUCACAGAAUCCCAAACAACACGCGAACACCCGAGAUCUCAGGGGAUUUGGCUGAUGCCUCACAAACCUCCACAUUGAAUGACAAAUCCCCAGGGCGAUCUGCAAGUCGAUCAAGUAAUAUUUCAAAAGCAAGCAGUCCAACGACAGGGACAGCUCCCAGGAGCCAGUCAAGGUUGUCUGUCUGUCCAUCCACUCAGGACAUCUGCAGAUCUGCCAUCUUGCAUGACAUGUCAGAAGAUGCAUUUGAGCAAUGCACCCCUGUCAUGGUGCUCAGCCCUGCUAGGAAGGAGUCUGGUAAGAAAUCAGUAAAACAGAGGCCUAGGAGGAGGAGGAGGGCCUCUGAGAGAUAUGAGCAUGCAGAAGAACAAAUAAAAGGGAGAAGUGAUUUUCACCUCCAGAUCGCAAGCCCCAGAUGGAGUGAGCUUUACACAGAUUCUUCAGAUUCCUCUUCCCCAGAUGAGAGUCACUGGAUUCAGGCAAAAAGAAGAGCCCAAGUUAAAUUCCGACUGUCACGAAGAAGAAGGAGAAAUAGUAGUAAACCAUGUGGAAACUUGGAUGGGUCUUCUGCUCCUAAUGGAAUGGAUCUGAUAGAUUUGGAAUCCAAAGGUAAAAAGCAACAAGAGCUGGUUGAACAUGAGAGUUGCUCUUUACAUCUCUGCAGAGGAAAAGGCACAAGGUACCAAGAAUGCAGCCUUUCCCUGCCAAGAGGAUCCUUUGAGAUUAAGAGAUCCUCAAGGAAGCAUGAGGAAAGCAAAGGCAGAUACCACCACAGGGAUCCGCAGCUGUUGCAUAGUCUUGGGCAUUAUGAAACCAUCAAGAAAGGACUUUCAGAAGCAGAUUCUAGCCCUGAAAUAUUGGCAGUUGCAGAAGGCAGCAAGUAUGUGGCUGCUGCUGGGUUCCAGGUGACUAACUCUGUGCAGAAGCCUCCUGCUACCUACCAUGACGGGUCUGAUAAUUUAAAAAUAUGCAGGAUCUGUCACUGUGAGGGGGAUGAAGAGAGCCCCCUCAUCACACCCUGUCGUUGCACCGGCACCCUGCGCUUUGUCCACCAGUCCUGCCUCCACCAGUGGAUCAAGAGCUCAGACACGCGCUGCUGUGAGCUCUGCAAGUAUGAUUUCAUCAUGGAGACUAAGCUCAAACCCCUCCGGAAGUGGGAGAAACUACAGAUGACCACCAGCGAAAGGAGGAAAAUAUUCUGCUCUGUCACAUUCCACGUAAUCGCGAUCACCUGUGUGGUUUGGUCUUUGUAUGUAUUAAUAGAUCGGACAGCGGAAGAAAUCAAGCAAGGCAAUGAUAAUGGUGUUCUUGAAUGGCCAUUUUGGACAAAACUGGUUGUGGUGGCCAUUGGCUUCACGGGAGGUCUUGUCUUCAUGUACGUACAGUGUAAAGUCUACGUUCAGUUAUGGCGCAGGCUGAAGGCCUACAACCGUGUGAUCUUUGUGCAAAAUUGCCCAGACACUGCCAAAAAGCAGGAGAAGAAUUUCUCGUGUAACAUAAACACGGACAUCAAAGAUGCUGUGGUGGUGCCUGUAUCACAAACGGGUACAAAUUCACUGCCAUCUGCAGAGGGAGGCCCCCCUGAGGUCAUCCCGGUGUGACACAAACAGUUGGGAGUUUCUUCACUGAAGGGUAUCUUUCUAGCCCUUAGCCACUACAAAUGACAGAAGUGAUCCUGAAUUAUUCACUCCUUUAUCUUCUUUCUCCUACUGACUCAUUCUUCCUUACUUUGCUCAAAAAAGGAAAGGACCAAAAGGCACCGAUGACCAGGAUCCCAUGAAGCAGUCCAAAGUGUGAUACAGAAAUGUGAAAAAUUUGCUAGAGGUGAUUUCUAAGACAAUUAAGAACCAAUGGAGCGAGGGAUGCUUUCAGGCAAUGACGAAAGACAACAUGGACACAUGCAUCUUCACGAUAGCAGGACAAAGUUUAAGAAUACAGACUUGAAUUGCGAUGUGUAUUUCUUCUAAGGCCUUGUAAUGUUAACUCUCUCAUCCAGAAAUAAGAAACAUACUUGGUUUUAAGCUUGAAAUUGUCUACAUUAUCCUUACAUCAUAUCAGAAGCAAACUUGGAGGAUGCAUAUUUUGAUAUUUAUACUUUGGACGGCUAACAGAUUUUUAUGGCUAUAGUGGAGUCCAGUUGUUUUAACAGAUGCAUGUUUUUAAAAUAGGUGCAAUACACAUUUGAAGAGAUCAAUACUUAGAAUUAUGUUUAAGUCAUGAGCAAAAGAUUUUCAGAGGUUUUUGGGUAUAAUUAGCACUGUUAAAUACCUACAGAAGUUGAAAUCAACUAUCAGGCUCUAUAUUUUAUCUCGUCCCUCUUAAGACAGUGUUGUCCAACAGAUAUAUAACGUGAGCCACAAACGCAGGACAUGUCAUAUGCAUACAUUUUAAACUUUCUAGCAGCCCCAUUAGAGAAGUAAAACUAAAUGAAAUGUUUAUAUUUAACACUAUAUAUCAUUUCAACAUGUCAUCAGUAUUAAAAUUGAGAUAUUUUACAUCUUUUUCUUACGAAUCAAGUCUUCAAAAUCCAGUAUGUAUUUUGUCUUUACAACAUAUCUUCAUUUGAAUUAACUGUACUGGAUAGCACAGCCCUAAAAUUAGAGGCAGGACCUCUGCUUCAUCAAACAGUUGAAUAUUUAAAAACAACAGCUCAAUUCAUUCUUUUAUUCAAAGUCUCUCAAAUAUUACAGUUUUAUUAACCACUUACAUUCAUCAAAUUAAACAUCCUGAGUUAGGUGAACUUACCAUUUCUCUAAAAGGUAAAAAAAAAAACAAAAAAAAAAAGGGAAGGAUGAAAUGAUCUGUGACAAAGUUCUGAAAUUAGCUUGUUUGCUACUAUGAAGCACAGAUGAUAGGGAAACAGAAAUUAAAUAUUUUUCUUAGGUCAAAUGUGUAAGUUUUUUUUUUUUUUAAUCCACAUGUGGUAUCAACUUGACAGAGGAGUAGUUAUGACUAAGCAUUUAGACUCUGUUUGAAAAAGCUGACAGCAUUUCCCUGCUCAGCUGGGAAGUAAAGAUACUGAAUAGAUUUUGUGAUAAGUAAUAAACUGAGUUGUUGAGGUUUGAUGUGCAGCUGAUUAUCGUGCUCCUUGCAUAUUCAUGUAAAACUGAAGCAUGGAUGAUAGAUUCUGCAGUGAGCUAGAUUAAUGAUUAUAGAUGUAGUGACCUGUCAAAGAAAGAGGUUCUACAUUUUAAAAGGUGAUUUAUUUUUGUUAGCUGUCAUAUUUAUUAUUGUGAAAAGGCAACUGUGAUGGCCAUAAGGACCAAAGCAUGGGUAUCGCAUUGCACAAACCUGGGUAUCACAUCGAUGCACUUUGUAAUUAUCAGUGUGCUUGUUCUUCACGGAUUAUCAUAUAAGAAAGGAAAAGGAAAUAACCUUUUAAUGAGGAGAAAGAUAUGAAUAUUAGUAGUGGCUGACACUUAGUCCAAAUAGUCCCAAUUCCUAGAAAUAAAGAAAAGGUAAACAAUGUCGUGUGUGUGUGUGUGUGUGUGGUGUGUGUGUGUGAUUUCAUGUAUGUACAUGAGAAAAGUGGUAAGGUUUUUGGUCAGUCAGGAAACAAAAGGUUUAAAACAUCUUUCUUAAAACUUGUUACGGAGGGUAUGGAAUAAAGGCACAGGGAAGACCCAGUUGAAGUUAACGAAAGUGUACCAAAAUUUCUGCACAAAUAAGGGCAAAAGUGGUGUAAUAAAAAAUUAAUGAACUUUAAACAGACUAAAAUUUGUAUUAACUUCCUCUUAAAUUUCUAUUUUAAAGUUUUAAGAUAAAUACUCAUGAAUAGAAGCUUUGGGUGAUUUAACCAUGGCAUAUCACCCAAUAGAUUAACCUUGAUUCAAUUUUUCUGUUAAUUGCCCUAAGCUUUUUACUAAUCCAUUUCUCCAGGAGCUUAGCAAUGGGAACAAGUUGUUUACAUAUAUUCCCUGGGGGGGUGGGGGAGGAAGUGGGAGGGAAUCUGUCACCAGCAAGCAAUGAAAUGUUAUCUCUUUUGUCUGCUCUGGAAGGAAAAUGAUUAUUUACUUUAAUUACCACCAAAAAUACUAUUUAAAUUCUGUACAAAUCUAAAGAUUGGUAAAUGCAUAGCUCAUUUCUCAAUGGGAAAGGACUGGCUAAUAGGCCUUGUUUAUUAAGGGUCACACCUAACACUAAGAAAAUAUUUCUAGAAUGAAAAGAUCAGCAUUACUGUCUUAACAAGAAAAUACGACAUAGUGUUUUAAGAUCAUACCUAAAUUCUCAAAAUUAACUUACAAAAGCCUUGACUUUCUUGUAAUGAGAAUAUAAUAAUACAUAUAGCUCCCUAGAAGGUUAACAGUCAGCUUUUUAUUCUAUUACUCUUCUGAACUUCAUAUAUAAACCCUGAACUCCCGAAUUUAAAUCUUUUACAAAGUUUUCCUAUAAUGGCUGUUUAUAGUUCAAACAAUCUGAAAUAAUUACAUGCAUUUAAAACCUAAUGUUGAUUUCCUUUCAUAUUUUGUGUGGCAACUGCCCUUUCAGUGAAAGGAUUUGGCUUUGUGACAAUACUGUUGUGGACUGGAUAUACCCUUCAAAAACUACUCUCCAGGCUGACAGUUUUUUUGAAGCAUGUUUUCCUGCUCAUGUAAAAAAAUGGAAUUGAAACAAUGGACUGAAAUUGAAGAAUGGCAACACAAUUCUGUUAAAAAUCUUGGCUUUUUAUAAUCAUGCAUUUGGUAGUAUCAAUACCAUAAACUACAGACAUUUACGCUGUUAAUUUUUAAAAGAACUCUCACUUUCAUUGUAUCAAAGAUUGAAUUGUAAAGGAAUGAAAUUCCAGUUAUUUUUUUAAAGAGUGAAGUCCAAAAGGCAAUUAAGCUUGAGAACAAACACAAGUAAAACAAAAAUGAAAAAAAAUCCAAACAAAAAUGAUCCCAUCAACCUGGGAUAUAGCAGUGGAGACACUGAAGAUAGGUGUAUAUUGAAGAAGUGUUUUAAAAUAUCCCCGGCUUGAAUCUCACUCUGAGCUGCUAUUACAUGUGAUUAUUGCCCCAGAGAUAGCCUCGUUUAUUUUGUUUUGCAAAAGGUCCCUGGGUACCCCUAAAACAUGUAUUGUUUGGCUGGAAAAUUAGCUCAUUAGAGCAAUGACAUCAUUAAGAGACUGUAAUUGCCAAGGGGGUGUGGUGGGGAAGAUUAUUCCAUUUGACUGACAGUUUACCUUUCCUUACCUUGCCAAUGAAUAUUUCGGAACAAAGUAGAGCUCUUUAAACUUAUUAUUCAUUAUUGUAGUUGUUAUAUAAUAAUUGUGAAAGACUUACACUUUAAUUAAGAAAGAUAAAAACCUUUUUUUUCUUAAGUCAGCCCAAAGGUGCUAUUUUACAUAUCAAUACAGCUGAAAGGAAGUGCUGUUAUUUUGGGCUGCAAUGUUUCCUCCAAAUCUGAAGCCCAUUUUGAAAUUGGAUAUCACAUUUAAAACAAACGAGGAAAAAUUAUUUUAACUGUGUGCAAUUUUUGAGAUUGAGCGUUUGUACUUUUUUGGUUUUACCUAAUUCUCUUGCAUUAACAACUUACUGUUUUGUGAAUAAUGUGUACUGAGAUGAAUUAAGGAAAAGAAAAUAAUUAUCUGUGAAAGAAAGAUUUGUAUAUUAAACAAGUGACCUAAA